AUGCACCGGUUUCGCAACAAGGUGUUUCUGGUUACCGGCGACUCCUUCGCGACGAACUUCGACGCCUCGUUCCGCUGCCUCAUCGGCUCAUACACCAAAACCAAGGAUUUUACCAACAAGCAGUGGGGUAACACUGGAGUGAAGGCAUCGGGUUACUUCGCAAAGGCUUUCAACUUCACUGUAGUUCGCGUGCCCUCGAACUUCCUCGUCGCGUCGCAACCAAUCGGCGAGGUAUCGAGUGCAGGGGUGUGGCAAGUGGAAUUAGACAAAGUGGACGACAACUGGGCCAAGCUCUUGCCCUUCACCCACUAUGCGCUCUUCAGCUCCGGUCACUGGUUCAGCCAGGCGUCCGACAACCUCCGGAAAUACCGCCGCGGAGGGCAGCCGAUCAAGCCGCAAUCCGCGCUGCUAACCAUGCAAGAGUCGCUCGUUACACUCACGCGGUUCGUGAAGGCGUCUGGUUACCGCGGCACGCCGUUCUUCAUCACGUUCACGGCCUUCCACUACUACAACUCGUUUGACGCCAAGUCGCAGAGCUGCGUGGGGUUCACCGACCCCUUAAAGCCCAAGCAGCUGCAAUACGCCGAAGCCGCGACCGAUAUCAUCACGUCACGGAAUGCACAGGUGGCGAUCCUACGAAAGGCACCGGAGUUUAAAAUCGUGGACGUGGCUCGAUCCACCCUCUCUCGCCCAGACUCACAUCAACAGUUGGCAACAGGAACGGGCAACCCCGACUGCUCCCACUUCUGCGUCCCCGGGGUGCCAGAUUCAUGGGUGGACAUCGUCAAUUCGUAUAUGAUCGGCACGAUUUGA